AUGCGAUACGAGAACUGGGAUGUGCUGCUCUUCCCUGAGAGCUCCAAGGUGCCGAUUCAGGAGUUUAGGACACAAUGCUUCGUGACCCAAGAGGAAGUGGAGACUCCGUAUAUCAACAGCGCUGCCAUCGUCAAUCCUAGCUCUUACUUCAUGCCGCGAGCUUCUGUAGUCCAACUGCCAGUCCUCACCACUUUCAUCCCGAGUUUGCCUCAGAAUACCCCGUUCCGAGUAUCUGUUCAUAGCUGGGACAAACCUCGUCCCAGCCUUCUAAUGGAGAGUUUGAUGCAACCAGAUGAUGCCUUGCUCUUUGAGAUUCGGAUCUUUAUUGAUGGGUUAUGUGUUUCAGGAAGCGUUUUCGGGCAGAGAACUAACUGGCCGCACAUUAUUGGCUUUGAAGAUGUUGAUAAGAACGGAGAUCAGGAUUACCUUCGUUUCCCACCCUUCCACCAAGAGAUUCUGGAACAGAGACAUUGGGAAGCUGGAGACUUGCAUGGCAGGAUCAGAGUGGCUAUAGCUGAAGGAUUCGCUCGGCCAAACCGUAACCCUCCGUUCGAGAGAGUCAAGGAUGUAAUUGCGUUGUCCUUCCAGCAUGCGCCGCUGCAAGUCUUAGAGUGCUCUAACAUUGCCUGGCCUAAUUCUGGCAUGUGGUGCCGUGGGCAGCGCGUCUUCAAAUACAAUGCUGGAAGCGUUAUGAGCGGUGCAAAGCAAGAAGAGGACCUUCACGCCCACUCGCCCACUCGACAUGAGAAUCGAAGCGUGGUAGCCAACAGCAACCGAGUCAGUAAGCCAGCGGCUUACACAGCUUGGCCGUAUAGGAAUUAUCCACCACCUCCCCCGCCUCUGUGGCAAAAUAGCAACAAGGAAACAGCUUGGACAUAUCAGCAUACUCAAGAACCUCUCAUGGCUGACCCUUUUAUCGAUCCACACAUCCUUGACCCCGCUGCACGCCAUCGAGGGGCAAGACCAUCUUGGGAGGACGUGUGUAUGCCUGAUUAUAUUUCCAGUUCAUCCAGCAGCCGCGCUAUAUCCAGUAUGACCGGUAUAAGCUACGAGCAUAGCAAGCAACCAAGCAUUGUUGCUCCUAUUGAUGAGGAAACGUAUUCUCAACUUUUCGAGGGAGUCAGUCCCCCAAAGCCUCUAGCCUGCAAUUCUCAAGCACCCAAGAAUACGCCAUCAGCACUAUCUCUUGUAGCUCCUAAGCUUGCUGCCGCCGAAGAGCGUUCAUCGUCUUGUGUCAAGACUGCAAGGCGCCCAUCGAUUCUGAAGGACUUGUCGCAGCCAGGGUCCAGAAGCGUCUCUGGUUCCAGCGUCAAAUCCAAUCUCCCUGCCGAGGGAUUGCUGGAAGCUACAGCAACUUGCAAACUGCACGUUAGUCCAACUACACAGAUCAGGAGCAGAAAGGAGGGAACCCCUUCGGAUAACAAGGAGAAUGAGACCUCAAGCGAGACACCACGCCGGGAUAAUGACAAGGUCGACCGUACACCUAUCAAACUCGCCGUGCGCACAAGUGGAAAUUUCGAGACACCCAUCGAGUCCAGACGACGCCGUUCUACCACGGGUUCUGCUCGUGGAGGUGUGAGCCUCAUUGCAGAAAAGGAGACGUUGCUCCUCAGUCCGUCCACGAACUUGACAGUGGUCGAAGAUCAUGAUCAAAACGCAGGCUUUGAUGACUUUCUGGAUGCGAAACUUCAGAUUAUCGACACUGCUGCCGAUACAGUUGAGAUUGACUAA